AAAAAAGUUUUUGUGUUAAAUACUAAACGCCUUUCUAAAAAAACGGAGGGACUAUAUAAACAGUAUCGCUAGUUACGUUAACCAAGAUACUUAGGAAACGUUACAGUUGUUUGCAAAAUGAAGUUAUUCGUCGCGUAUGGUCUAGUGUGGUUUGCAAUGUUUGCAUAUGUGGGGGCUGACACGAAAAGAUGUUUCUGCCGAGCAGUUUUGGCAGACAAUAAAAGUAUCGUAAAGGACUUUGGUGAAGUUUCUCGCGCCACGCAUUGGUUAAGUGUCGCUUGCAGAAAAUUAAUCGAUUGCCCGGUUGUUUGUGACGAGAAAGUGAAGGAAUGGAUGUGUGCAAGCCAAUCCGAAUGCAAUAAUGUGACGGGUGGAAAGAAAGUAGUUCCGAGUUACCAGGCUAGCACGUGCUCCGAAGGUUAUGGAAACAAUGUAAGGACCUGCGGCUGUAGCUUUGAAAAGUGUAUGCUGGAGUGUGGAACACGGACCGUUGCAAUCGAGUUGAUUAAAUGUAUGUUUGACUGUCACCAUCAGUAAAUUAUAUUUGUAUUACAUGUUUGUAAGUGAUUCUAAUGAUUCAUUGAAAACUAUCAAUUUACUCACUGCACGUUUGUCAGCUUUAAAAUGCAUUACGCCCAUAUCGUGAGUUUAGUUUUACAUUUUAAUAUGUAUCAAUCAAGUACAAACAAUGAAUUGACAAAGACCACUCACAGUUGAUGAUCUUUUUAUUUAAGAUUCAUUAUAUAUUGCUACGGUGUUAAUUUUCUUCAUAUUUUUAUUAGCCACAAGCUAGAUUAAACAAUCUAAAAGCAACAUAUAAAUGAAUGUUCGUUAGAUAAUUUUGUAGAUAAAAUUCCAUUUUUUAUCGACUGUGUUUUAUGGUAUUGAACUUUGAGUUUAUGUGUAUUUUGUAGGCAUUCUGUAAAUAAAAAAGUACUACUUUG